AUGCAGUCAUAUGAAGAACCUCCUCCGCCAUAUCCUGGUACAAUACCAAAUCCAGUAAGAGCCAAAGAUGACUAUAAAGGUAUACCAGUAUAUGAAAUUGGUUCGAAUGAUACUCCUAUUUAUAAUGAAGUCACAUAUCAACAAGUACCGGUAUCAGCACCUGGACCAAUUCUAGUUGGAACACAUAUUGUUCAACUUGGUCGUAAUCCAAUUCAUUGUAUUUGUCCUCAUUGUCAUCAACAAAUUGUUACACGAGUCGAUUAUUAUUCUGGUUCAUUUGCAUGGCUUAUGUGUUUGUUACUUACGGUUAUUGGUUGUAUUCCAUGCUGUGUAAUUCCGUUUUGUGCAACAUCAUGUCAAGAUGUUACUCAUAUAUGCCCAUAUUGUUCAACAAUAAUUGGUCGUCGAAAAAUUCUUUAA